AUGGCAGCCCUACCCGAAACAUCCUCGCCCGCUCUCUACGUCGACGAAGACUGCAACUUCAAAGUCAUUCACCAUGUCCCGGUCCCCGAGCUCGUGGACGGCGAAGUCGUUAUAAAAGUACUUUACUCGGGAGUGAACCCUGCUGACAUCAAGCACGGCCUGGGUCUGGGCAUCCGCUCCACGACCCUCGGCUACGACUUUUGCGGCCGUGUGGUGCAUGCGGGACCGACCUCCGAGUACAGGGCCGGCGAGCUCGUGGCCGGAUACACGCCCACGGGGUUCGGCAGGCCCUUGAGAUACGGCACCCACAAGCCGAUUCUGAGCUGCCCGGAGGACAUGAUGUUCAAGGUGCCGGAGAACCUGCCGCCGACGCACGCCGCCAGCCUGACGACGGUCCUCACGACGGCGGCCGACGGGCUGUACAACAUUUUCGGAUACUCGCCGCCUGGCGAGAAGCCACAAGACGGGUUCAAGCCCGGCCCGUUGCUGAUCUGGGGCGCGUCGGCCAGCGUCGGGCUAUGCAUGGUGCAGCUGGCCCGCGCAAGCGGCGCGUCUCCCAUUAUCGUCACGGCGUCGCCUUCGAGGCACGAGCUCCUGAAAAAGCUCGGAGCGACGCAUUGUUUCGAUUACAGGUCGCCGGACAUCGCGUCCCGCAUUAGUGCGGCCGUCGAGGAGUUGAAGGCGGGGCCGAUCCUCUAUGCGGCCGACUGCGCCGGGUCUUAUGGGGAGGUCACCUCGGCGGCGCAGAUGGAGGCAUGCGUCGGCGACGAUGCCAUCCUACUGUCGGUCGUGAAGCAUCAGGGAACACGGUACAAGAUGCCGCUGGCGUCGGCGAACAAGGACGUCACUAUCCGGUUCGGCAACGGGCCUGUCAUCACGAUUCCAGCCCGGAUGGAGGCUUGGAAGAAGAUGUCGACAGCGUUGGCAUGGGCCGUUAGCACGUACGGCACGGAAUUCCAGCUUCCGUCGGUGGAGGUGUUCAAAGGCUCUGCGGAGGAGGCGUUGGAGGAGGUGAAGAAGGUGGCUGACCAGGGCAAGUUUGGCAAGCUCGUCCUGGAGCAGCCGUUGGCGUGA